GCCUCUUAUGAAGGAGCUGAAGGGGAAAUAAAAUAUACAGGAUGAAAAGAUGGCAAUGCUGCCUCCCCCAGGACCUCAGAGCUUUGUCUACUUCACAAAACAGUCUCUUGCCCUCAUUGAACAACGCAUUGCUGAAAGUAAAGCAAAGGAACCCAAGGAAGAAAAGAAAGACGAUCAUGAAGAAGGCCCAAAGCCAAGCACUGACUUGGAAGCUGGCAAACAGCUGCCCUUCAUCUAUGGGGACAUCCCUCCGGGCAUGGUGUCGGUGCCCCUGGAGGACCUGGACCCCUACUAUGCAGACAAAAAAACUUUCAUAGUAUUGAACAGAGGGAAAGCAAUCUUCCGCUUCAAUGCCACACCUGCUUUGUACAUCCUCUCUCCUUUCAGUCCUCUGAGAAGAAUAUCUAUUAAGAUUUUAGUACAUUCCUUGUUCGGCAUGCUUAUCAUGUGCACUAUUCUCACGAACUGCAUAUUUAUGACCAUGAGUAACCCUCCAGACUGGGCCAAGAAUGUAGAGUACACUUUUACUGGAAUAUAUACUUUUGAAUCACUUAUCAAAAUCCUUGCAAGAGGCUUCUGUGUAGGAGAAUUCACUUUCCUUCGUGACCCAUGGAACUGGCUUGAUUUUAUCGUCAUUGUUUUUGCGUAUUUAACAGAAUUUGUAAACCUAGGCAAUGUUUCAGCUCUUCGAACUUUCAGAGUGUUGAGAGCUUUGAAAACUAUUUCUGUAAUCCCAGGCCUGAAGACCAUCGUGGGGGCCCUGAUCCAGUCUGUGAAGAAGCUCUCAGACGUCAUGAUCCUGACGGUGUUCUGUCUGAGCGUGUUUGCGCUGAUCGGCCUGCAGCUCUUCAUGGGCAGCCUGAAGCACAAAUGUCUGCGGGCUUCCCUUGAAAACGUAACAUCAAGCAUGCUGGACGACCUUGAUGAAGAGCUCUACAGAGGUACGACUCCAAACCGCUUACCUUCCGUAACCUUUUACUAUUCAAUUUCUUCCCACACAGACUAUUUUUAUUUCUUGGAGGGAUCUAAAGAUGCUCUCCUUUGUGGUAACAGCUCAGACGCAGGUCAGUGUCCAGAGGGGUACGUGUGUGUGAAAGGGGGCAGAAACCCAGACUAUGGCUACACGAGCUUUGACACUUUCGGUUGGGCCUUCUUAGCCUUGUUUAGGCUAAUGACUCAGGAUUACUGGGAAAACCUUUACCAACAGACACUGCGUGCUGCUGGGAAAACAUACAUGAUCUUCUUUGUUGUGGUGAUUUUCCUGGGCUCCUUUUAUCUGAUAAACUUGAUCCUGGCUGUGGUUGCCAUGGCCUACGAAGAACAGAACCAGGCAAAUAUCGAAGAAGCCAGGCAGAAAGAAUUAGAAUUUCAACAGAUGUUAGAUCGACUUAGAAAAGAGCAAGAAGAAGCUGAGGCAUUAUUGGAGGCAGCAGCCGAAUAUACAAGUAGGAGGAGAAGCCGGAUCAUGGGCCUCUCUGAGAGUUCUUCUGAAACAUCUAAACUGAGUUCUAAAAGCGCAAAAGAAAGAAGAAACAGAAGAAAGAAAAAAAAUCAAAAGCUCUCCAGUGGGGGAGAAAAGGGAGAUGAUGAGAAAUUGUCCAACUCGGAAUCAGAAGAGAGUAUCAGGAGAAGAAGUUCCCACCUUGGUGUUGAAGGCCACAGGCGAGCCCGAGAAAAGAGAUUGUCUACCCCUAAUCAGUCACCGCUGAGCGUCCGUGAGUCCUUGUUUCCUCAAAGGCGCAGCAGCAGAGCAAGUCUUUUUAGUUUCAUGGUCCGAGGAAAGGAUAUUGGGUCCGAGACUGAAUUUGCCGACGACGAGCACAGCAUUUUUGAAGACAACGAGAGCAGGAGGGGCUCCUUGUUCGUGCCCCACCGGCCUCGGGAGCGGCGCAGCAGCAACAUCAGCCAAGCCAGUAGGUCCCCCCCAAUGCUGCCGGUGAACGGGAAGAUGAACAGUGCAGUGGACUGCAACGGUGUGGUCUCCCUGGUUGAUGGACCCUCAGCCCUCAUGCUCCCCAAUGGACAGCUCCUGCCAGAGGGUGCAACCAACCAAAUACAUAAAAAACGACGUUCCAGUUCUUAUCUCCUUUCCGAAGAGAUGAUGAAUGAUCCCCGUCUCCGAGAAAGAGCGAUGAGUAGAGCAAGCAUACUGACAAACACUGUGGAAGAACUUGAAGAGUCCAGACAAAAAUGUCCACCUUGGUGGUACAGAUUUGCAUACACAUUCCUGAUCUGGAAUUGCUCUCCAUUCUGGAUAAAAUUUAAAAAGCUUAUGUAUGUAAUUGUGAUGGAUCCAUUUGUCGAUCUUACUAUUACCAUUUGCAUAGUGUUAAACACACUGUUCAUGGCGAUGGAGCAUCACCCAAUGACUGAAGAAUUCAAAAACGUGCUCACUGUGGGCAACUUGGUCUUUACUGGGAUUUUUGCAGCUGAAAUGGUUUUAAAACUAAUCGCCAUGGAUCCAUAUGAGUAUUUCCAAGUAGGAUGGAAUAUUUUUGACAGCAUUAUUGUGACUUUAAGUUUAGUAGAACUUUUCCUAUCAGAUGUGGAUGGCUUGUCAGUUCUUCGAUCAUUCAGACUGCUCCGAGUUUUCAAAUUGGCAAAAUCUUGGCCAACCCUGAACAUGCUGAUCAAGAUCAUUGGCAAUUCAGUGGGGGCCCUGGGAAACCUCACCUUGGUGUUGGCCAUCAUCGUCUUCAUUUUUGCGGUGGUCGGCAUGCAGCUCUUUGGUAAAAGCUACAAAGAAUGUGUCUGUAAGAUCAAUGAAGACUGUAUACUCCCACGUUGGCACAUGCACGACUUCUUCCACUCCUUCCUGAUCGUGUUCCGCGUGCUGUGUGGAGAGUGGAUAGAGACCAUGUGGGACUGCAUGGAGGUCGCUGGUCAAGCCAUGUGCCUUAUUGUUUUCAUGAUGGUCAUGGUCAUUGGAAACCUCGUGGUCCUCAAUCUAUUUCUGGCUUUAUUAUUGAGCUCAUUUAGUUCAGACAAUCUUACAGCAAGUGACGAGGAAACUGAUGUAAACAACCUCCAGAUUGCAGUGGCCAGAAUUAAGAAAGGAACAAAUUACACGAAACAGAAGUUAGGUGAAUUUGUUCUAAUGACAUUUUCCAAAAGGCCCAAGAUUUCCAAAGCGACAAGACAAGCAGGAGAUCUAAAUAGCAAGAAGGAAAACGAUAUCUCUAACCGUACACUUGCUGAAAUGAACAAAGAUCAUGAUUUCCACAAAGAAAAAGAUAAAAUAAGUGGUUUUAGAAGGAACACGGACAAAUACUUGAUGGAAGCAAGUGAAUUUCAGUCAUUUAUUGAUAAUCCCAGCCUCACAGUGACUGUUCCAAUUGCACUUGGAGAAUCUGAUUUGGAAAUUAUGAACACUGAGGAACUUAGCAGUGAUUCAGAUAGUGAAUACAGCAAAGGGAAACGGAACCAGUCAAGUUCCUCUGAGUGCAGCACAGUUGAUAACCCGCUGCUAGAAGAAGAGGCGGAGGCAGAGUCUGUGAAAUCAGAUGAGCCAGAGGCCUGUUUUACAGAUGGUUGCAUACGGAGGUUCCCAUGCUGUGACGUUAACAUAGACUCAGGAAAAGGAAAAAUCUGGUGGACUGUUAGGAAGACAUGCUUUAGGAUAGUUGAACACAACUGGUUUGAAAGCUUUAUCGUUCUCAUGAUCCUGCUCAGCAGUGGGGCUCUGGCUUUUGAAGAUAUAUAUAUUGAAAAGAAAAAGACCAUAAAGAUUAUCCUGGACUAUGCUGACAAGAUAUUCACUUACGUCUUCAUUCUGGAAAUGCUUCUAAAAUGGGUAGCAUAUGGUUAUAAAACGUAUUUCACCAAUGCCUGGUGUUGGUUGGAUUUCCUAAUUGUUGAUGUUUCUUUGGUUACUUUAGUUGCAAACACUCUUGACUACUCAGACCUCACCCCCAUUAAAUCCCUUCGGACACUUAGAGCUCUAAGACCUCUAAGAGCUCUAUCGAGAUUUGAAGGAAUGAGGGUGGUCGUGAAUGCGCUCAUCGGUGCAAUUCCUUCCAUCAUGAAUGUGCUACUUGUGUGUCUUAUAUUCUGGCUAAUAUUUAGCAUCAUGGGAGUAAAUUUGUUUGCGGGCAAAUUCUAUGAGUGUGUUAACACCACAGAUGGGAUACGGUUUCCUACAAGCAAAGUUCAAAAUAAAACCGAGUGUCUUGCACUGAUAAAUCUUAGUCAAGAUGUGCGAUGGAAGAACCUGAAAGUGAACUUCGAUAAUGUUGGACUUGGUUACCUGUCUUUGCUUCAAGUUGCAACAUUUAAGGGAUGGAUGGAUAUUAUGUAUGCAGCUGUUGAUUCUGUUAAUGUUGACAAGCAACCCAUAUAUGAAUACAACCUCUACAUGUAUAUUUAUUUUGUCGUCUUUAUCAUCUUUGGGUCAUUCUUCACUUUGAACUUGUUCAUUGGUGUCAUCAUAGAUAAUUUCAACCAACAGAAAAAGAAGCUUGGAGGUCAAGACAUCUUUAUGACAGAAGAACAGAAGAAAUAUUAUAAUGCAAUGAAAAAGCUGGGAUCUAAGAAACCACAAAAGCCAAUACCUCGGCCAGGGAACAAAUUUCAAGGAUGUAUAUUUGACCUAGUAACAAACCAAGUUUUUGAUAUCAGCAUUAUGGUUCUUAUCUGCCUCAACAUGGUAACCAUGAUGGUAGAAAAAGAGGGACAAAGCCCAUACAUGACUAAUGUCCUCUACUGGAUAAAUGUGGUCUUCAUUAUCCUCUUCACUGGAGAAUGUGUGCUGAAACUUAUCUCCCUCAGACACUACUACUUCACAGUAGGAUGGAACAUUUUUGAUUUUGUGAUUGUGAUUAUCUCCAUUGUAGGCAUGUUUCUGGCUGAGCUGAUAGAAAAAUAUUUUGUGUCCCCUACCCUGUUCCGAGUGAUCCGUCUCGCCAGGAUUGGCCGCAUCCUGCGUCUGAUCAAAGGGGCCAAAGGGAUCCGCACGCUGCUCUUUGCUCUGAUGAUGUCCCUCCCUGCGCUGUUUAACAUUGGCCUCCUGCUCUUCCUGGUCAUGUUCAUCUAUGCCAUCUUUGGGAUGUCCAGUUUUGCUUAUGUUAAAAAGGAAGCUGGAAUUAAUGACAUGUUCAACUUCGAAACCUUUGGCAACAGCAUGAUCUGCCUGUUCCAGAUCACCACCUCUGCUGGCUGGGACGGGCUGCUGGCACCUAUUCUCAACAGUGGGCCCCCAGACUGUGACCCUAAAAAGGUUCAUCCAGGAAGUUCAGUUGAAGGAGACUGUGGCAGCCCAUCUGUCGGGAUAUUCUAUUUUGUCAGCUACAUCAUCAUAUCCUUUCUGGUGGUGGUGAACAUGUACAUCGCUGUCAUCCUGGAGAACUUCAGUGUCGCCACUGAGGAAAGUACUGAACCUCUUAGUGAGGAUGACUUUGAGAUGUUCUACAAGGUUUGGGAGAAGUUUGAUCCUGAUGCCACCCAGUUUAUAGAAUAUAGAAAACUCUCUGACUUUGCAGCUGCCUUAGACCCUCCUCUUCUCAUAGCAAAACCAAACAAAGUCCAGCUCAUCGCCAUGGACCUGCCCAUGGUCAAUGGCGACCGGAUUCAUUGUCUUGACAUCUUAUUUGCUUUUACAAAGCGUGUUUUGGGUGAAGGUGGAGAGAUGGACUCUCUCCGUUCACAGAUGGAAGAAAGGUUCAUGUCAGCAAAUCCUUCCAAAGUGUCGUAUGAACCCAUCACCACUACACUAAAACGAAAACAAGAGGAUGUGUCUGCUACUCUUAUUCAGCGUGCUUACAGACGUCACCGCUUAAUGCAAAACGUCAAAAAUAUAUCAAGUAUAUACAUAAAGGAUGGAGACAGAGAUGAUUUGCCCCGUAAAGAAGAUACGGGUUUUGAUAAAGUUAAUGAGAACUUGAGUCCAGAAAAACCAGAUGUAACCCCAUCUACCGUCUCUCCACCUUCAUAUGAUAGUGUAACAAAACCAGACAAAGAGAAAUAUGAAAAAGACAAAACAGAAAAGGAAGACAAAGGAAAAGAUGGCAAGGAAAGCAAAAAAUAGAGCUUCAAAUUUAGUACACUGUUUACAGCCUGUGAAGGUGAUUUAUUUGUGUCAAUAAGACUCUUCUAAGGAGGUCUAUGCCAAAACUUUUUACCAAAAUAUUCUCAAAGUCAGUGCAGUCACUAGCUCUGAUUCCUUAAGAUAGGUGGGCAGCAUUACCAAAUGGCUAUUUUUGCACUGGUAAAUGAUUCCGUAAGAAUUGUAGAGUAACUCUAUAGGGAUUAUUGAUUACAGCAAGCAAAGUUAAUUUAAUUUUAUUUGCUUUUAAAGAUUCCCAAGACCAUGUAGGAAAUCCUCACAACUGCCUUGUCAUCUUUUUACAGGAUUGUAAACAUCCCAUGCAAACACACACACACACACACACACACACACACACACACACACACACAUCUAUAUUGGACAUCUACAAAAGUAUUUUGUCUUGGCUCUGCCCUGAAAUACCCUGCUAGAAGGAAUGGACAUCAGUAAUGAAUGUUUAGUUAAAACGUGUUAGUGUUAGGGAACAAAACACUUUUAUCCAUGUACAGAGGUCAUUCUAUAUUUUGAGGUGCUUAAAUUUAUUCUAUAUUGCAUCAGAACCAAUUUAUAUGUUCCUUAUAAAAUGCUAUGGAAUGAAAAACAUGUGUAGACUAUUCAUUUCAACAAAUACUUUUCAUUUAUCUUGACUCGUGUAACAAUCAGAAUUAAGAUUUACCUUUAGAGUAUUGUGCUUUAUAGCCUGUAUUUUUUAUAUUCUUCUUAGUUUAUACAACCAAAGAACAUGAAAAAUUAUUCCAAGUACUACAUAUCACUUCCCUCAAAAGAAAAAAAAUGAAGAUAAUUUUAAAAAGAAGUAACUGAAGAAAGCUUUAUUUACUAUUAUUUAUAUAAUCUCACACUAUACUGUGCUGCCCCAAAAUGCCAAUGAUGACACAACUUUUUAUCUUUUUUGUCACAUUUCUUUCUGCUGUCUCAGGCAGUAUUGUUUAGUCAUUCUUUAGCACUAAGCAAAAUUGUUAUUUCCCUUCACUGAAGUGCUUCCUGAUAUGCAGGUUGCUAUUUAAUACCAUUGCACAUGACUGGAACAAAGCAUUUACUCGGUCAUCUCUAUACCAUCCUAAAUAUAUGUGACAAACUUUGAAAUUAUAAUAUCAGACAAACUUUCAACUCAAAAUAGACUUUAGAAUGAACGAUAAAAGCAUUCGACUGGGAUUCUUGCCAACUUGCUUUCUUGUCACUUAAUUUACUCUCCUAAUUUGUACAAGCAGUCCUUUUAGAUGGCUAAUCUUUCAUCUGAAAAUGAGGAGGAUGUCACUUUGUACUUAAAAUUCCAUGACUAUGAGGUAUAUUGUACAUCAAUCAAUAAAGUACCCCGAGCUUAUAA